AUGGACGCGCAGCGACCAAUCUCUCAGAAAUUGCCCGCGGGGUUGGCAGGGGUCUUGAAUCCAGAUGAGAACCGCGACUCGGCCUACUUCUCUAGCACAGAUGCAUCCAGCAAGCGCAACGUCCUCAGUCCCACCGGCUCAGGCUACCAGUCAUCGUUGGCCGACAAGACGCCCUCUCCAGUCACCGCGAACCUAGUACCCCAACCCCUUGUGUCGCCCGCGAGUAACAUGAGCGUCGCCUCCAUGGUUUCGCCGACGACACCCGGGAGUGCCGAUCCGCGCAGAUUCGAACGACCGACGUCCUUGAACUCGGAUCCGCAACUGCUUGCUCAAGACUUCGGCACCGCUUCACGCAGAGAGAGUGUCGACAGCAGGAUAAAUCAGGGUUUUCACGAGAUGAGGCUAGGCGGAAACUCCCCCUACGCAAGUCACAACCAGUCGACAACGUCGAUUCAAAAUACUCUUAACCAGCAAAGGAACCCGCGUCAGGGUCUGGACAAUCUCUCGGUACACCGCAUCUCCAACGGCUACCAGCCAAGUAAUGAUAGAAAUCCUGACCCUAAUCCAAAGAUCAUCCGAACCGCACCCGCCAUCACCGGACCCGCUACCAGCAACAUCGCGAGGGCUGCCGAGCCGACUAAGGGUCAAGCUUGGGCCUUCCCGGAGGAGGAGAUUCAGCGAAUCGGGCCUCACGAUGCCUACCUUGACUCCAGACGCAGUAGCGUUGCCGAAUCCAUCGCCAGCAGUCAGUUUACCACCGAAUCGAGGUUGCCCCCGGGCCAAAGACGCUUGGACGAGCCUACCGACUUCAACAACCGCCUCUCGAGCACCUCAUCCGAUUUUCCUCCAGUACACCACCACUCGCUGCAACAUAAGCAGAUCGGAGAUCUUCGCGAUGACGACGCCGCCUCGAGAACAGGAGCCCAGCCGUACAGCCGCACCCCAGAGCUGCGUAAGAGUCAUAAAUUGGCGGAGCGAAAGAGGAGAACGGAAAUGAAGGAACUGUUCGACCAGUUGCGAGACUUGAUGCCCCAAGAGCGGGGUUCCAAAGCUUCCAAGUGGGAAAUUCUUACAAAGGCAAUUUCUGAGCACCAGCGUAUGGCGGAUGUCGUUCGGAUUGUCCAGGGACAAAAUAGUACCGUGAUGCAGGAGAACGACGCCAUGCGACAGGACAAUCAUAACCUCCGAGUUGAUAUUCAGCGUCUCCAGAGUGAACUGCACAACCUCCGAAUGCAACAAGCGCCAACAGGCCAGGCUCCCCCGCAAGCCCAAGUACCACCGCCCCCUCAGCAAGCACCUUAUCAGACGGACCCCUACACAAGUCGUCGCGAGCUCCCGCCUAUUAGAGGGCUGAACGGCGCGAUUCCCAAUGGGCCUGACUCUAUGACCGGCGUACAGUACGAAGCACCUAGAGUCAACGGCGGUUAUCGUCCUGCAGAGGCGAGGUAUUGA